AUGCGGAGCUCGGCCUGGAUGUUCUUCUUCCCUAGCCUGCGCUUCCUCGAGUUAUGGAGCCUUAGCGGUGCGAAGUUGUCCUCGGGCGUUUCCUCACAUCGUGAUGCGACCGACCUUGAACUGAAAAGGCCUAUGACCAAUGAAUCUUGUCAGAAUAAUGCUACGGGCAUUCCCGGCGGACCUGUCCAUAUGAAUACAAAUGAGCAUCCUUGGAAUGCAUCAAUAGCAACGAAGCCAGCGCAAGAAAAUGGCCAAGAACCUCCCGGUUGUCCAAUAGUUGCGACAUCGAGCGAAAAUGAUCACACAAACCGUGAAACUGCUAAGGCCAGGGGUCGAACCAUCGAUAAACAUUCGCAUUCAGCACCAACUCGACCCGACGAGGCAAGUGAAGAUUUCAGUGCUCUUCUUCCUUUGGGGGUGCUUGACUCGAGAACAGCUACUGAGAAAUAUGCCGCCGAAAUAUCAAUUUUGGAAGGGAGUUCCUGGAUUCGAGCCCGGGUGAAAAAUGAUAACGUGCGAAUUUACGUCGAUUCGAAACUUACUCACCGCAAUAAUAUCCAAAAAUCUAUCAAGAAGUUACGAGCAGCUUUCAAGAUACUGAUGUCGAACAUUGAUGCCUCGGAGGAAUCUUGGGAAGGUCAGCGAAAAGCAAUCACCAACGACUCCGACUCUGACGAAGAUGAGUCCUUGUGGUAUAUUUUCAACACGCUACAGGACCCAGACCCACGGCCCGAUUUGAUUAAAGACAAAUGGUCGCAACAGGCCAUGUUGGAUCUACUAUCAGGUGAUGACUUUUCGGAAUUUGGUCUCAAAACCCCACUCCAUCCCUAUCAGCGUCGUUCUGCUGCAGCCAUUAUACAGCGGGAGGUCCAGCCGGCACAAGUUCUGGAUCCUCGUCUACAGGCAUAUAGAACUCCGACUGGGAAGGAAUACUACUAUGAUAGAGAGGAUGCCUGCAUUUUUCUAGAAAAGGCAUUAUAUUCAGAAGCGUGCGGAGGUAUCCUCGCCGAGACUAUGGGAUGUGGAAAAACGUUCAUCUCCCUUGCCGUCAUUUGGGCAACAAGAGGCCACGUCCCAAAAAUCCCCAUCAAGUAUCUCUUAACAGAAGAAACCGACCACACGCCAGUUCGAGAAAAGACCGGAUCGCUCAUGGAAAUGGCGGCGGCUGCCGCGGGCCGGCACUCCGCUCCGUGGAAAAUGUUUUUCGAACAAAAGAAGCUUCAAGGAACGCACUAUGAACGAUGUAUAAAGGCAUGCAAGCGCAAUUGUGGAUAUUACGAGAUCCCUCCGCAUCAGACCAGGUACCAGGGGCGCCGGAGCAUGUCGUACCCACGGCCACCAUCCAAGCGCAUUCGGCUCUGCACGGCAACGUUAAUUAUUGUCCCAAAUAACUUGGUAGAUCAUUGGCAAAAUGAGAUCCAGCAACAUACAUCAGGUCUUAACGUUUUGACCCUGCAACAGGGGCCUGAAAAGGAUAAGACACCAUCUGCCGACGACCUUCUCAACUACGAUAUCGUGCUCUUCUCUAAAACACGGUUCGAGAAGGAGGCCGGCGAGCCAGUGAAUAACCAACGUGAAAGAUUUGUGCAGAUGGACUCGCCCCUUACGGAACUUCAUUGGUUGCGUGUCAUCGUCGAUGAAGGCCACAAUGUGGCGGGACACGGCUCAAAAACCAACAUGAUCCAUUUUCUUGGGCAGAUGCACAUUGAGCGCCGGUGGGUCAUAUCAGGGACCCCGUCAACUGGACUUUAUGGAGUCGAAAUCAGUCUCGCUACGCAGGAAGCAGCGACUAGUGAUACGGAAUCUCCCGGUGAUGUGACGGCUGUUGCUCUGCAAGGCCGGAAAAAAACCGGAAACGCAGUAGUUAGUGAGCUGAAAGACCUCGAUCGGCUAAGACGCAUUGUGACAGGAUUUCUCGAGUUGCAGCCCUGGUCGAACUCGAAGGACAAUGACUCGGCGGACUGGACGAAAUAUAUGAAGCCGAUCGGCCUCGAUGGCAAGCGUCGCAAGUCUCCGGCCAUUCGCGCUACGUUACAAGGCCUUGUGGUACGACAUCAACUUGAAACUCUGAAUAAAGAGAUUUCACUUCCGGAUCUAUACAACCGAGUUGUUUACCUGGAACCCACGUUUCAUGACCGACUUUCUAUAAACCUGUUUCUCUUUGGCCUCGCGGUGAACGCCAUUACCUCUGAACGGCAAGGCCCGGACUACAUGUUUGAUCCGAAGAAUCGGAAACAUUUGAACCAAAUCAUAAAUAAUUUGCGACAAGCUGGAUUCUGGUGGGCGGGGUCCGAGAUGAAUCCUCAAGACUCUGUUGACCAUGCUACCAAAUACAUGGAUAAGAAUUCGGAGAAGAUGACACCCGAUGAUAUCGACCAGCUGGUCAAAGGGAUGGUCAUUGCUCGAAUGGCAAUGGAGUCUGGGAGCUGGCGCGAGUUCAAGCAACUUCAUGAACUAGGUGUCUUUCUCCAGGAGUUCCCUGAAGAAAAUCGUGCACACUGGGCACUAGAUUCGAAUUCGGAGGAAGAGCCGCUUCUUAUCGGAAUCACCCAGGCUCGACGGGCACAGCAGUUUGUCACCCAGAAUUUGCGAUCGCAAGAUCCCACCCAGGGGCUGUCUGGUGCCGGGAUUAAAGUUCGUGGCGAACUUGAAAGAAGAGAUCAGCAUGCCCCGGCCAAGGGUGCCCCCGAAUCCGCCACUACGCCAACAUCCGCAGUUUCGACACCAAGCCAACUAAAUCACAGCACGAAGCCUCGGAGCCAUAAAUCGCCCAAGAAGACCUUCAAGCAAAACCUUUUCCGCACCUUGCCCUCCGACUCCCCGCUCAUGAAAACGAAAUUCGUUGCCACAUGCUCGGCGAAACUCACCUAUCUCUUGGACCAAGUCCUCCGCUGGCACAAAGAAGAGAAGAUAAUCAUCUUCUACGACAACAGCAACUCCGCCUUCUGGAUCGCCGAAGGCCUGGAACUACUAGGAAUCGAGUUCCGCAUUUACGCCAGUACACUGAAGCCUGAGCUCCGAACUCAAUACCUCGAACUCUUCCGCGAAUCUAGCGACAUCCGCGUGCUACUGAUGGAUCUGCGACAGGCUUCGCACGGAUUGCACAUUGCCCAUGCCUCGCGCGUCUACAUCAUCAAUCCAAUUUGGCAGCCAACGGUCGAAAGCCAGGCCAUCAAGCGUGCUCACCGUAUCGGCCAGACCAGACCUGUUCAUGUCGAGACGUUGGUUUUGCGGGAUACAUUGGAAGACCGAAUGCUUCGGCGAAGAAAGGAGAUGUCGGACACGGAGAUGCAGCAUGCAGAACGAAGUUUGCUGGACGAUACAGCUAUGAAUUAUAUCAUUCAGCGAGAGCCGUUUUUGCCGAUGCAUGAUUCAAAUGGGAAUCGCUUUGCUGAAGCAAUGUAUCUGCAGCAUCCCACCACAUUCUUCGAUCGGCACCCACUGCCGAUCCCGGAUGAGGCGAGAAAGGAGGAGGUUGGAGUGCGCAAAGCGGUUAAGCGGAGUCUUGUUGCUGAGUCGGAUGCCGAUGACACUGAUCUGCCAGAGUCGGUGACGAGUCCAACGCCGAAAAGGCCGCGGAUCGGGUUUGCUGCCAAUGUACAGAUCAUUGAGCCGGAGAUUGAAUCGGAGUCGGGUCAUGUACCGACUCCGAAUUCUCAGCCGAAUUCUAAGACACAGCUUCCAUCAUUUCAAGAUCGGGGUAGUGGUUCUCCAGUUCCAAGGCGAAAGUCGUUGUUUGGCCCGUAG